GGGUCAAGGGUUGACCGGAAGCAGGAAGAAGAGGGGCAGGAGGGAGUAGGAUGGUGGCGGGUCCGGGAGGUGGCGGGGAAUCCCGGCGGUGGUGUCUGUUGGCUGAGAUGGCGCCACCGCCGCGGCUAUCGCCUCUGCUGUUCCUUCACCUUCUCUUGGCCGUGUCCGGCCCGCGAGGAGCCGCAGAGCUCACCGAUGGGAACAGUGAACACCUGAAACGGGAGCAUUCGCUCAUCAAGCCUUACCAGGGGGUUGGCUCCAGUUCAAUGCCCCUCUGGGAUUUUCAAGGGAGCACAAUGUUAACCAGCCAGUAUGUUCGACUGACCCCUGAUGAACGCAGCAAAGAAGGUUCUAUCUGGAACCGAGUGCCAUGCUUCCUAAAAGACUGGGAGCUCCAUGUCCACUUCAAGAUUCAUGGAACAGGAAAGAAGAAUCUGCAUGGGGAUGGUUUUGCCCUCUGGUACACCCGUGAGCGCCUUACUCCAGGCCCUGUGUUUGGCAGCAAAGAUAAUUUCCAUGGACUGGCCAUUUUUCUGGACACAUAUCCAAAUGAUGAAGCUACAGAGCGUGUAUUCCCAUACAUCUCUGCCAUGGUGAACAACGGCUCCUUGGCCUAUGACCAUAGUAAGGAUGGCCGCUGGACUGAGUUGGCAGGCUGUACAGCUGACCUUCGUAAUCAGAACCAUGACACAUUUUUGGCUGUCCGCUACUCUCGGGGGCGUUUGACGGUGAUGACUGAUGUGGAGGACAAGAAUGAAUGGAAAAACUGCUUUGAUGUUGCAGGAGUCCGACUGCCUACUGGUUACUUCUUUGGUGCUUCUGCUGGUACAGGAGAUCUAUCUGACAAUCAUGACAUCAUCUCAUUGAAAUUGUUCCAGCUGAUGGUGGAACAUCCACCAGAAGAAGAGAACAUUGACUGGACAAAGAUUGAGCCUAGUGUUAGCCUCCUCAAGUCGCCCAAAGAUAAUGUGGAUGACCCAACAGGAAACUUCCGUAGUGGGCCCUUGACGGGCUGGAAGGUGUUCCUAUUGCUACUGUGUUCUCUCCUUGGCAUCAUUGUGUGUGCUGUCGUGGGCGCUGUAGUCUUCCAGAAACGCCAGGAGCGGAACAAGCGAUUUUACUAGCGGUGGAGUGGGCCCAGAUUCUGGGCAUUAUGGGAAUAUUUUUUACAUUGGGGGAGGGGGAAUUGUAUAGACUUUGGUUUCUAAAAGGCUCUUUCAGAGAAAUAUAUGGAUUAUUUUCAUAUCUUUUUUUCCCCUCCCCCUGGCAGCAACUAGCCAGGCAACCUGUGUCAAACAAUCAAGAAUUUAGGGCGUAGCCCUACUUGGAGUCCAUGUUUUUUCUCUUUUUGAAUGCUGUUCAAAGCCAUCAGCCCCUAUUAAUUUUUUUUUUUUAAAGAAACAACCACCUGUGGUUAGAGCUUAGAAGUGACAAGUGUUCCUUCUCCGUGGGGCAUGGUUCUGCAUGUCAGCUAGUAACUGCUGGUGUUUUUUCUACCAGGGCAAUAUUUCCCCAGUCCUGCUAAACCUGAUAAUGGGAAAGGGGUAUUUUCUUGCCUGACCCAUAAACCCACUCCAAGGAGGGUGUUUUGAACUGAAUGUAUCUUGUAGUCUCACUGGCUCUGGGGCUUGCUUUUUGUACCAGCUAUUUCUCUGUAGCUGGGAGUGAGACUAAUUUACACCAAAACAACUGGUGACCGUCAAAUGUGAUUUUCUCUUUGGUGAUGGAAACUGUGAUUGCAUUGGUUUGGAAGAGAGGGGCUUGAAGUAUCCAGCCACUGUUGAGGGUUUAGUCACAGAAGCUCAGAACCUGUUCUGAGCCAUGCCACAAAGCCUCUGACAGAAUUAUACUUUGCUGGAGCUACAUAGCUGUGUGCACAUUUGCAAAGUAAUAGGUGGAAGUGAAGGUAUGGAAAUAAAGUGGAAAAAUUGACUUUA